UUAUGUCAAUACAUGUUCCUUCGUAUACGUGGUAUAAUAUUAUUAUUAUUAUUAAAGUAUCCAUGCCGGUGUUUGACUUGAAACUUGUUAUAAUCAGUGGAAAGUAGAUAUUUUAUUUUAGUUGAGUGGGAAUAUGACUGCGGAAAUGAAAUUAAUUUUAUUCAGGCAACUCUUUGAACACCAUAGAGACAGACGGGGUCCUUCUUUUCAUAAUAACAACAUGGCGGCUCUCUGUAGAGGCAGGCACAGGUGGAAAUCGGUGAAAUGGUGUCGUCUUAUAACCAGAUCUGUGACAGGUAACAGUGUGUUGUGUGCCGGAGUAAAUAAUAAAGCUUUUAUUGACGGCAAGUAUGACUAUGAUGUGGUGGUCAUCGGAGGGGGAUCAGGAGGACUGGCUUGUUCCAAAGAAGCUGCACAACUAGGACUGAACGUUGCUGUUCUGGAUUAUGUGGAGCCCUCUGCAAAAGGCACCAAGUGGGGGCUUGGUGGCACAUGUGUUAAUGUUGGCUGCAUACCCAAGAAGCUCAUGCACCAGGCGGCUCUGCUUGGUACUGCAAUCAAAGAUGCCAGGAAGUAUGGUUGGCAGAUUUCAGGACCAAUUUCACAUGACUGGUCCACCAUGGCCGACGCGGUUCAGAACCACAUCCGGUCUCUGAACUGGGGUCACCGUGUUCAGCUCCAGGACAAGAAGGUGAAGUAUCUGAACAUGAAAGGAAGCUUGGUAGAUGAACAUACAAUCAAAGCACUAACAAAAGCAGGGAAGGAGAUGACCCUGACUGCCAAGAACAUUGUGAUUGCUACAGGUGGACGACCCAAAUUCCCCACAAAUAUACCAGGAGCAAUGGAGCAUGGUAUCACCAGUGACGACAUAUUCUGGCUAAAGGAAUCACCUGGAAAAACGCUUGUGGUGGGAGCUAGCUAUGUGGCUCUAGAGUGUGCAGGCUUCCUCACAGGCAUUGGCUUGGACACCACCGUAAUGGUCCGCAGCAUCGCCCUACGGGGUUUUGAUCAGCAAAUGGCACAAUUAGUCACAGACUACAUGGAGUCUUAUGGAACCAAGUUUGCAUGGAAGUGCGUCCCGAAGCGUGUUGAAAAACUCCCAUCGGGAGCCUUACAAGUAAUCUGGAUUGAUAUGAUGACAGGCAACGAACACAAGGACACCUAUGACACUGUCUUGUGGGCAGUCGGUCGAGCUCCAGAAACUAAAGCGUUGGGUCUCAACAAGCUCGGAGUACAACUCGACAAGAAGACAGGGAAAAUAAUUGUGGGGGUUGAUGAGUCUACCACUGUGCCAAACAUCUACGCUUUUGGUGACAUCGGCCAGGGUCGUCCUGAAUUGACCCCAACGGCCAUCAAAGCUGGAAAACUCCUCGCUCGUAGACUUGCUGGCCGGAGCACAGCGCUCAUGAACUAUGAUAAUGUACCGACAACAGUGUUCACCCCUCUGGAGUAUGGCUGUGUGGGCCUAUCAGAGGAGGAGGCUGAAAGUAGGCAUGGCAAAGAUAAUAUAGAGGUUUUCCAUGCUUUCUACAAGCCGCUAGAAUUCACUGUUGCAGAGCGUGAUGCAAGCCAGUGUUACUUAAAGGUGAUAUGUGAGCGGGAUGGCGUCCAGAAGAUCCUGGGUCUGCACUUCACUGGUUCAAAUGCAGGAGAGGUCACCCAGGGGUUUGCUAUGGGCUUCCAGUGUGGGGCUACGUAUUCACAUCUCUUAGAGACAGUGGGCAUCCACCCGACAACUGCUGAGGAGCUAGUCAAGGUCAAUAUUACAAAGCGUUCCGGAUUGGAUGCCACUGUGACCGGAUGCUGAGGUUAAGUCCCCUCGGUCUUUGAACAUGGAGCACACAGGGUAGAAAAAGGUUAGUCUGGUCCAAAUAAUAACCUAGAUUUGAUCCGCUCUUUCUUUUUUUCGUAUCCUUUUCUUCUCCGUGUGUCCCCUCAUCAUGCUCUUCCAGUCCGUCAGAGUAAGACCAGGUAGCCAGUUGACUAUAAAUGGGAUAUUGUUUGACAAGUUCAGUGUAAAAUCUAGAUUUUGAGGGCAAAGAAUCCUGCAUGUCGGUAAUGCAAAAAUAACGAAAAAAAAUUACAUUGAGUGAGACUGCAAAAUAACUCGCCAUGGCGACAAAAAACGUUGAAAGAAAGAAUUCACAAAUUACAAAGAUGGCUUCCCAUCCCUUCCUUCUUCUCCACUCAUUGCUAUUUUUGCCAAAAAAAAGAGUUUUCAAUCAAGGUAUAAAUUCAUUUAUCCAUUUCAUUCAUCAUUGAUACAGUGGAACCUUAGUUAGCAUCCUCCCCAGUUAGCGUUUUUUUGGUUAACAUAAAAAAAUGUUUCCAUAAUUUUGCCUCGUUGUGCUUGCAUUCAGUUAGUGUACAAUAUGGCGCACAUCUUGUUGUGUUAUUAAUACAGUAAACCUCGGAUAUAUCGGACUCGGAUAUAUCGGAAAUUCGCUCACAACGGACAUAUUAAAAAAGAACCAAUUUUUCUGUAAUGCAUUUCCAAUAAAAAUUUAUUGCAUAUAUCGGAUUUUUAUAACGGAUUUCGCCUAUUCCGGACAAAAUCUCCAGUCCCAUUCCAAUGCAUUUCCAUUAAAUUUCCCUCUCAUAUAUCGGAUGGCCGCAUCGUGGCGCUCCGAUUCGCCGAAUCGUGACAGGCCGCUAUACGACGUCAUUUGCGGCGUUUGCAGCGUUGCCUGCGCGUCCAGGUACAUUGGAAACAUAGUCAAGGAAGUGCCUUUUUAUAACGGAUAAAAUCCGAUUUACGCAUAUACCGGAUAUAAAUCCGAUAUAUGCGUAAGAUGGGAGAGACGGACAUUUUCCGGUAUACGCAUAUAACGGAUUUCGCUUAUAUCGGACAAAACCAGUGGGAACAAUUGAAUCCGAUAUAUCCGAGGUUCACUGUAUAUUACGUUUGUCCAACUCUGUUCUUUGCGUGUUUUUAUUAUAAAACAUCCUUCCUUGUAAUCAUCCUAUUAGCUAAACAAAAGAGCAACCAAAACCGCUAGUCAGCUAUGAAUUGUUUUCUGCAUGUAAAAUUGAACAGUUUAGCUUUGUUUUUCAUACAUUUCUGUUUUUGUCACGGAUUAAUAAUGAAAACCAAGGUUCCACUGUAUUAGACUUAAAGUGGACAAAAUCAUGUUUGUGUCCUUUGCAGGCGCACGCUCAUAAAUCAGGAUUAAAUCCGGUUCUGAAGGUGUUGAUAAAAAAAAAAAGUGCAAAUAAACAGAGCAGUUUUUUUCUGAAAAUAUAUUCUAUAAAUAUUGUUGUUUCUGUGGCUGUGCUUCCUGUCCAUUAGUCUUGAAUGUGACACAUACCAUAGACCCCUUACGCCUCGCCCUCCAUGACACUGAUGGAUGGCCUCGGGACUGUCGCUGCAGCGAAACCUCCCCAUUUCCCAUGGACGGACACAAACAGUCGUGCGUAGUUGUCAGUUGGUCCUACAGGAAAGACUUGACCAGGGAGAAGGGUUCUGUAUGAUUUCAGAAGGUCCAGUAUUACUUCUACUUAUUGUGACUGGACAUGAAGCAAUAGAACAGGAUGAUAAACAUCUACAAGCUGAUCCACACCCUGCAUCACUGCACCAGCAGCUCUGCAGCAGCUGUAGUUCUCAGUCAUACCCAAAGGUGGCAGUGUUGUCUGUCGAUUCUCAUGACAAAGUAAAGGUAUGUGUUGGAUGAAAUCUAACCUACAUUCAUUUAAUUCCCACAAUUGAUAAGAUUUUUGCUGAAGUUGGAGCAAAGACUGGAUUUGUGAUACGGGUUAUCUCUUGUGUGUUUACAUGGAUGCAAGGUCAGCGCUUAAAGAGUCAUGACCAUUAAGAUAAGCGAAAUUGUACAUAUCAAUCAAGCAAAAAUAGCAGAUAAAAGCAUUUACCAGAAUCCUUAAAUGUUCAACCUGCUGACUGAACUGGACAUCCUCAAGCGAGCGUAAGGUUAUUAGGCGGACGAGCAGCUGGGCGGGCUUGCUACCCAAAUUUGGGGACCUUAAUGGAGGCUGAUGGGUGCAGUUUAUUUUGAUGUGAUGUCUAAUCUGUCCAGUCUGAUUAAUGAGCUUGAUGAGGGGAGUGACAGCGUGCCUGGAGAUGGAAAGACGAAAAAAAAGAGAGAGCGGGCUACCAGGUUUAUUUGGACCAAGUCCGGGAACGAAAGAGCUGAGUUUCAGCUCGGCUGGUGAGGGAUGGGUAAGGGGGGGGUGGGGUUCCUGUGUGCUCUGUUCCAAACCGAAGGUGCUGACUGAAGGACCCUGACCUCUGCUCAGCUGGAACAGCUUGACUCUAUCACUCUGAGUACAGAGGGCUCACAUGCUCUGGUGCUGCACGGCAGGGGGUGAGUGGGUUUUGGAUGGAUGUGGAUGGCCGGUGGACCAAGGGAGUCGAUGUUCCUGCUCUUAACAAGGCACUUCUGAGACCGUGCAAGGCAAAGGAAGGGAAGUCAUUCAGUCCAUCAGGGUAACUGUAAUGUCUGUUUACAUUUUACCCUCCACUUCCCCUCUGCUGUUCUUCCUCCCUGUACAGCGAAAAAUAUUCCUCCUCAUGUGCACAUCAUGAAAAAAUAAUAUCGGAAUGAUUAUUAGACAUUGUUGAUUAGUCUCUCCCAUCUUAUAACUUGAGCAGGAAGCCUCCUCUGAGCAACACAGGGGAUCAGGGUUCAACUUUCAGGUAUAGCCAGCUAAUGAUGACCUGCACUAAAACCCAAAACUGGGGAGUGCUGGGCUGAUGUCCCCUGGCCGCCAACUCUGCAAACUUUCUUAUAUAUAAUUUAUACUGUAUGUAAGUAAUAACACUGUGUAUGCAUAGUGUCCAUGUUAAAGUUGUGAUGUCCACUGAUGGCUGCUGUUCUUCAUGAGUACAACACACAACACAUAUUAGUGUUAUUUUAUAAUACUUAAUCUCAGUCUAUUUUUGUUGAUUUUUGUUUAUUUCGAAAGGGAAUGCAAAUCUAAAAAAAAAUACAUUGGAUCCUCCAUAUUUUAAUUGAAAGAUAAUACUUAAUUUGUGGGGAAAACCCGCCCUUUUGUGGUCAUAAUCUCAAUAAUUAGUCAGUGUAUUGGUAGAAAACCCUUCUGAUUUGGGAAGCUCACACCCAGCAUGUCUUGCGGAUUAUACUUUUUAUUUAAAAGUGUGCCUUUGCAUGUAUAUGAAUGUAAAUGUUUAUUUCUAUACCAGCAUAGUCCGUGUAGUCCAGUUAAAAUAUGCAUCAUUUUGGUUGCACCGUAGUGACAGAAGUGUUUGGUUUGAUAACCUACAUUUGGGUUUGUGGUCCCGGGAAGGUAAACUUCAUGAUAAGCGGGGAACUGCUAUACGGAUACAUAUAUCGGGCCCACGACUUGAUUAUUGUAAUUGAGCUUGUAGGAAGAAGACUGUAAUUUAUGUCUGAAAGGAUAAAUAGACUAAAAAGUCAAAUGUUCAGUACUUAUUAAGCAUGGAAAGCUGUUCAUAUUUCUUAUGUUGAAUCAUGGACCAAGAGAAAAGCCAGAGGUUGUGGUCAUAGAUUUCAUCUCCUGCAUUAAGAAGUUGUGACAAAAAUAUUUUUUUGAUAGAAAAGGGUCUUUCCAACGUAAUAUUGUUUGAAUCUACAUUUAGAAUACAAAGCUAUGGAUCUCAAACUUGUUGCAGGGUCGCCCCAGUUGUAAUAAAAAUGGGCUGACACGCAGUACUUUUUCAUUAUUAGAGUUCCUGGAAAGGAAUUUGCAAUAAAUAUUCUCCGUCAUCAUUCCCAGUAAAGCCACAAGUAGACAUUCAUAUACUUUGAUACUUCGAAUCGCACAUAUGAAACAACAAGUGCUGUUUGGCUUGUUAUUAUUUUCCGAAAUUUCUCCCCAUAUUCCACCAUCAUAUGUGCAAAAUAAAAACACCGCUGUGCAUUAGUACAGGUGAUCUUAACUCGCGCUACACGGCUUAGCCUUCACAUGAAGCCAUGUCAACCAGGGGUGGUCACACUUUGACCCCGACUCGUCUCUGCUGACAGGCUGCUCUGCUAUGCAGCCCUGUCACUCAACCCUGUUCACCAACAAUAGCAGAAAUUCCAGUAUGUUUGUUUGGUUAAGGAUGGCCCUCUGAAACUCCUAAACCUCCUCGGGAUCCACAGCCAGUGUCAGUCCAAAGCCAGACAGCAGGAGUAAAGUUCAUCCUAGUCAGCUCCAUUUAGCAAUUGUAACUCAUAUGCCCCUUCUACAAUGGAGCAAACUAAACUAAAUCCACCUUGAAAUGCACUUAGUAGAACAUGUCAACAUGUCAGGCUCUGCUCGGUUCUUCGUUCUGUCCUAAUCCAGCCCAUUGAAUACUGACAGUUAUCUGUGAGUCAGACAUUCACCGGGUCUUUGUCACCUCAGCUCCUGAGCUGUAGCAGCCUCAGUGAAGAGCAGAACCUUCAGGUGCACGUUCAAAAACACACAUGCCGUGUAGUAAGCUCCACGACUAACGCACAAUCCUCCGGAGGAGGAGAAAGCGAUGCAAACCUUGUGUAAACACAAGAACCGAAGUGACGCAAGGAGUAGAAAAGGCUCAAACUCGGUGGGGAUUAUACUUGAGAAAUGAAAAGGGGAUGAUUAUGAAUGCUCUGUUGUGCUGCCAGCCGGUAUCUGGCUCAAGGAAUGUCAGUCUGAGAUGACUUCGGGGCCCGGACAAGGUGUGGUGCUUGAGUCCUAGGUUUUCCAGGCGAAUCAGCCCAGUGACCUCUUUAAAAACACAAAGAUUUACUAAUGGACUCACAAUAAUAACUGAGUACAGCAAAUUUUGUGUUUUGCACAUACAUUCCACCUCCUGCAGCAAUUUGGACACACUUCAAUUAUGAAGCUGUGUAGAAGGUCUAUGGUUUUCUAUUGUAAGUGUUUCAUAGUCUGCAAAGUGUAUGAAAAAGGUUUAGGCACCCCUGAUAAUUUUCAAGAUUUUCCUUUAUAAAUCACUAGUUGUUGGGAUCAGCCGUUCCAGUUAAAUACAGUAAACCUCGGAUAUAUCGGAUUCAAUUGUUCCCACUGGUUUUGUCCGAUAUAAGCGAAAUCCGUUAUAUGCGUAUACCGGAAAAUGUCCGUUUUACGCAUAUAUCGGAUUUAUAUCUGGUAUAUGCGUAAAUCGGAUUUUAUCCGUUAUAAAAAGGCACUUCCUUGACUAUGUUUCAAAUGUACCUGGACGCGCAGGCAACGCUGCAAACGCUGCAAAUAAUGUCGUAUAGCAGCCUGUCACGAUUCGGCGAAUCGGAGCGCCACGAUGCGGCCAUCCGAUAUAUAUGCGAGGGAAAUUUAAUGGAAAUGCAUUGGAACGGGACUGGAGAUUUUGUCCGAAAUAGGCGAAAUCCGUUAUAAAAAUCCGAUAUAUGCAAUGAAUUUUUAUUGGAAAUGCAUUACAGAAAAAUCGGUUCUUUUUUAUCUGUCCGUUGUGAGCGAAUUUCCGAUAUAUCUGAGUCCGAUAUAUCCGAGGUUUACUGUAUAUCAUAUAGCAGACGAACACUAUGAUAGAUGAAAAGUGGAAUGAAGUUUAUAGGAUUUACAUAAAGUGUGUAAUAAUUAUUUAAACACAAGUAGGCAGCCUCACAGCAUGAUAUAACCACCACCAAAUGUUACUGUGGGUAGCAAGUGUUUGUCUUGGAAUGCUGUGUUCUUCAUCCGCCAUGCAUACCGCCCCUUGUUAUGAGCCCAAGGACGGGGACUGCGACUCCCUUUACAGUUAAAAUACUCCCCUUCAAAAAUAUCAAGAUUGUCUCGUUUAUGUUUGGCUGAUCUAAGGACGACAUGUUUGGCUGCGCCGCAACUGCCAGAAAGAUUCAGUCAACAACUCGCAUCCCUUCUUUGACUUUCUUUCAACCACAAACACUACAGGAAGAAGGUCGGAUCUUGUCAGUGUAGAGUCCCUUUUGGUAGCCCAGUGGAGGUGAGGGCCUGUGAAAUGAGCUUAUCUGACCCCUGAUAAGAACAGGAUACCCUCAGGAAUGGUCUAAAUUCAAUACACAUGGCUGCCACUGUGGCAUUUAUCAGAGGGGAUGUUUGAAAAGGAGCUUGGCUGUCGCUUGCUGUGGUUGGGUUCAGCCUAUCUUAGAUGGGUCAAAGACACCGCAACCCUUUGGUUUGAACAUGACUGCCUGCAGCUUACAACAAGAAGAAGUGUGUGCAACAAUGUUUUAUGUUGCGGUUUGGAGCAAUUAUAAUGCCAACCUCUUCUAACAAAUCAUUUCCGAAGGGGGUUUUGUCACUCAGGAAGUUGUUUACUUACAAGAUUUAUUGAGGGGAUUUUGUGUUCAUUUGCAUGCCAAACUAUACUCAGUAGGUUGAGCCAAGUUUGAUUGCAAAGACGACACAACUUUUACUGCUAAAUGAGACAUCCGGUACACUGCUUUUUGACACUCCACCUUAGACGCCGAACGUGUGCUGUGCGUAACGGCCCCGCCGUCCAUAAAGGACUCCAUUUUGGCUAAGCAUGAGGCAAAAAAUAAGAUGUGUCAUCUGACAAAGUAACAAUUGAUAGUAUAUGGCAAAAUAAGGGGCGGCAUGGCGGUUAGCGCGACCUCACAGUU